CGCGUGUUGACAUGCGAAAAGUUCGGUCCGCGACGGGCGAUUCGAACGCUUCUUAGCAACGUUAUCCAUCUUAUCCGUUCAAAAAGCUGCAGCAAAUCCAAAUCCAAAUCCAUUUUCAUUUUCAUUUACGGCACUCGCUGAUUUCGCUGACUUUGCUGAUUUAUUUUGUUCGAGUGUAUCGCGCGUGUUUUGUGUGGCAAGAAAGUAAUUAAAAAAGUGAAUUUUCAUCGCCUCUAAAGUUCGGCAAUAUUUGGUUUUCAUGUGCUGUGAGCUGGGCCGGCAUUUUGAGUUUGGCGCCUAAAUAACUUCCUUCGCUUCCUUUACACCAGCUGACCAAAAAGGAGCAACACGAAGAGGAAAAAAGAGGAGGAAAAUGCUAUAGCCUUCAACGGUAGCUUUGUUUACACUCGCACUCGUUGUAUGCUUCUGUUAUCCGACUGAGCACACGCCGUGUAUAAUAACAAUAAUAAUAAUAGUCGUAAAAUAAUAACAACCGCAUAUAACCAUAACCGUCGCCCGAUAAUACUGUGACUGGAUUAAACCGAUCGGGAUAUAUACCUAUAUAUAUAUAUAUAUAUAUAUAUAAAUUGAAACCAUGUCGGUUGAUUUGAGUGGACAGCAGGAGCCGACCAUAUCGGUGAUAACCACAGUUCCGGUGGCCCAAAACGGCGGCGAAAUGGACGCCCUGCUGCUCGGCAGGAUUGGGCAUUCGGAACUGGUGGCCAUUUCUCCGGAGCGCCGCAACUGGCGCGGCAUCUUCAUCGCCCUGCUGGUCAUCGCCGCCGUCUUCAGCCUGAUCAUCUUCUCGAUCUUCCUGCUGUCGCCGGAGGAUGAGGGUCUGCGGAUCCGUGGACGCCGCAUGCUGCCCAGCGACAUCCUGGGCAGAAGCCUCCAGUGGAAGCCCUUCAACGGCACCUGGAGCAAUGGUCGUGAACUCAUUUAUCGCGACCCAACGGGCGGCCUUUCCAUUCUCAAUAUGGCCGAUCUCACCACACGCAUUCUUAUGACCAAUUCAACAUUCCGCCAACUGAAUGCGGAAUCAUUUCUUGUCGCUCCUGACCAGAAAUACGUACUACUGCAAUCGGACUCAAAUGCCGAGGGCUCCAGACAUCACGUAUACGAGGUGCAGACGGCCAACACAUUCCCGCUGGGUCCAACGGAGAACAUAGCGGAGGCGCCACGCCUCCAGCACGUGGUGUGGGCGCCAGCGAAUCCGCCGCCGCCGCUUGGAGCACCACCACCCAGUGGUGCCAGUGGUGGCAAUGGUGGCAGUGGUGCUAACGGCGCCAGCACCACCACAAUGGCCCCUCUGCCCAGUGGCAGCAUAAUCCUGAACAGCCUGGCUGGCGCUGCCAAUGGACCAGCAUCCGCCGGAGCCACCGGCUCCUCGGCAUCAAAUCCGAAUGGCAAGGCCGGCGGUUACACUUUGAACCAGGCCAUCGCCUUUGUCCACCACAACGACAUCUACUACAAGCCCAAGGUGCAGGGCGAACUCGUGUGCCGGAUAACGCAGACGGGCUCGGAUUCGCUGGAGGGCGAGUCCACGGGGGUGGUGUUCAAUGGGGUGCCCGAUUGGAUGUACGAGAAUGUGCCGGAGCUGGAGAGCCGCCGGAGCAGCAUGGAGUUCUCGCCGGACGGACUCUUCUUAGCCUUUCUCAGCUACAACGACAGCGAGGUCGCCGAGUACAAAUACACUUGGAUGGGCGAUGAUAUCAAGUACCCGGCGGUGAUGAGCCAACGAUACCCCAAGACGGGCUCCCGCAAUCCGAAUGUCACGGUCAACGUGGUGAAUCUCUCAGUGAUCAAGUACAUCUUUCCCACGCAGAUUAGGCUGCCCAGCGAGCUCUCCAAUGGCAGCUACGUGGGCGGCCUGACCUGGGCCUCAUCCACGGACCUGUCGGUGACGGUGACCAACCGCGAGCAGACCAAGGCCACCACGGUGCUGUGCAGAGCACCACACUUCCACUGCCAGGCGGUGCACACGGAGGUGACCAUCAACGAUGGCUGGGUGCUGCCAUCGGAACGGCCCAUCUUCUCGGUUCGCAACCAGGCGCACAAUCGGCUGGGCAAGAUGGUACAGAAUGCGGAGGAGAUCCUGGCGGAGAGUCAAAAUGUGAAUGUGACGGAUGGGCAAACGCACACGACCCAUGAGAUCAGCAAUGGUGGCUAUCUGUUGAAGCGUCUGCCUGUGCGGGAUGGCGAACACGGUCACUAUCGCCAUGUGGUCUUCAUAUCCUCGCUGGACCGACGACCCGUGCCCCUGACCAUGGGUCGCUUCGAGGUCACCGAGAUCGUCGGCUGGGAUGAGCCGCAUGAGAUCGUCUACUUUAUGGCUGCGCCGGAGAAGAGACCUGGCGAACGGCAUCUGUACAAGAUUAACCUGAAGCUCAAUGUCACCGAAUCGAAUCGGACGUACAUCACCUCCACAUCGCCCACCUGUCUCACCUGCGACAACACGGAGUCCACGUACCGGCUGCACCGGGUAAGGAUCUCGCAGCGUGGCGAUCGCUGGGAGGAUAUAGUGGCGCGCUUGGAGCCAGAUGAUUGCCUCUACGAUAUACCCAAGAAUUGCCUGUACAAUCGGGUGCAGUUCAGCCAGGACUACAGCUACUAUGUGCAGGAGUGCCUGGGUCCGGAGGCGCCCAGUGUUUACCUGGUGGAGACGGCCAGCAAUGACAAGAUCUACGUGCUGAAUGCCGGCGAUGUCCUGCGCCACCGGCUCUCCCAACUCGCCAUUCCGCAAUCACGCACCUUCAGCGUGGAGAUCCGCCAUGGAUUCCAUGCCCAGGUGCGCCUCUUCCUGCCACCCGGAAUGCGUGAGGAGGAGGAAGUAGCCUUUCCACUGGUGCUCCACGUCGAUGCCUCGCCGGGAUCACAGUUGGUAACAGAGCGCUUCCACGUGGACUGGAACUGGUAUUUGGCCAGCCAGAGGAGUUUCAUAGUGGCCCAGAUCGACGGGCGUGGCAGUGGCUUCCAGGGCGAAUUGCUCCGCACCCAGGUACACGGAAAACUGGGCACCGUCGAGGUGGAGGAUCAACUAGGAGUCCUAACGUAUCUGCGGGAUAACCUAAAGUUCAUCGAUCCGCUGAGGAUCUGCGCCUUUGGCUGGGGCUACGGCGGCUACGCCUCCUCCAUGAUGCUCAUCGACGACUCCCAGCAGGUGCUGCAAUGCGCGGUGGCGAUCAAUCCCAUUGUCAACUUUGGAUUCCACUAUUCCUUCUUCACGGAGCGCUACAUACCGCUGAAGGGCGACUACUUGCGUGCCCUCCAGGAGGCGGAUCUCACCAUGAAGGCGGGCAACAUCAAGGGACGCAAUCUGAUGCUGAUGCACGGCACGGCGGACACGAUGGUCCACCAGGAGCACACGCUGAUGCUGGUGCGGGCGCUGGUGGAGCAGCAGGUGAAGUUCCGGCACCAGGUGUAUCCGGACGAGGAUCACACCAUCGCCAGGUCGCUGAGCCAUGUCUACAAGACAAUGGAGUGGUACUUCGAUGAGUGCUUCGGCCCCGUCGACGACAACGAGUGGGACCCCACGGGUCUAUUCGUGUUCAAGCAAUAAUUAAGACCCCCCUACGAUCCUUACGACGAGGAUCCGCUGGCCAAUCAGCUCAGCGACAUCGACAUCGGCAUCGGACCAGCCACCGAUGCGCAUCCGGAUGCGGAUGCCGACGGCGAUUCCGCCGGCAGCAAUCUGUCCACCCUGCUGACCGCCACCACGACGACCGCCUCGCUAUCAGCGCUCGACGAACUGGACAACCGGCUGCAGGCCCUGGACCUGAUCACCUCCUCCACGGCCACCACCCUCAGCAAGGUCGCCGGCAAGCUGUGCAACUACAGCAGCAAGCGCCGGCUCCACCAAUCGGAGGCCGUGCUCGCCCAGAAGUCGCGCAUCCUCCAGCACUAGGGGAUUCACUCAAGGGGUGUCCUCCACCGUGUGUGAAGUGUGUGAAGUGUGUGUGUUUGCCGGGUGGGCAGAUCUAUCCUCAUUUCACUUUCGACACGAGUUUGCGGAAGUUCUUUACAUUUUGCUGCUAUUUACAAGUCUCUACUUUAUUUUGGUUAUUUCAAAUAAUUUAUAGUUGAAACACGUAUAUUUCUGAAGUUUUAAACUAAUGCGACUAUUAUUUUUUGUUUGCUUGCCAUUCCUCUAUCACUUUCGCACUUCUUUUAGGAAAUAUACAAACCGAACAUUAAAUUUAUAUAUUUAAAUUAAUGAAUUGUUAACUUAGUUAAAGUCGCUUGUCUUUUCUCAAGUCCGCUGAUUAUUGACGAAUGUGAAAAUGAGGAUAGCGUAUCCAAUUGCAGGUCUUCUUAAAGUUUAGCCUAAUUUGAAGUUUAUUUCAUUUUGCUAAAUUUUAAAAUGUAAACUUAGAUUCCGCAAAUUUAUAAAGAAUGUGAAAACAGGGAACGAUUAUUUAGUGUGCAAGUGUGGAUUCUCCAACGGCAUUUAUAGGUACAAUUUGUUAAGAAUGUAGUCUAGUUCUUAAAAACUUUAACUUUAACAUUUUUUAAAUGUUUAUUAUCAACGGCAAUUCAUUGUUUUCAAAAUUUUGAUAUAUUUCUUUAAAAUUUGGCAUUUUUUAAAUACGAGCUAGGAUCAAAAUAUUUUGAAUAUACAUAUAUAAAUUAUUAACAUAAUUUAUUGACACACUUUAUUUGCUUAUAAUUCUUAAGUGUCUUCUUUUUAGAGUUAAUUUCGAGAGAUGCAAUGUUUAUGGGCAACUCAAAUAUAUUUAUAUAUAUACAUUUCGUUUAAUAUGAUUUUGCCGGCGAGAAUCGGUGUGAAUGCGAAUCGAGAAAACAGAGUUAAAGGAAACCAAGAAAACCAAAGCAAGGUGAUUCAUUUAUGCGACUGAUUAUUAACAUAUGUGUAUUAAAUAAUUAACCAAACUGAUGGUGCGAGGGGGUGACGAUACAAUGAUGAUGUAACGGGCCGAUGUAAAGGGCGAGAUGUCGAUGUCCUUGACGUAAGGAUACAAAUGUAGGGGAUUUACCUAAUUGCUAAUGGCAAACAAACCGAAUACAGCGCGAUAUGUGUGUGUCAUGGUGUAUGUACAAGUAAUUCGUUUAGACCUCAUUGUUGUUUCUUUACGUGUUCGUUUCGAUGUGUAUAAACAUAUAGUUAUAAUUGACUGAACGUUAUUUUUUUGUAUAUAUUAACGAUUAAAUUUUAAAGCGAAGUGAAAGCGAGGGCGCUAAUCGAAUUCGAAACUUAUUGAAACAAUUACACAAGUCAUGUCCAAAUGAAAGAAGGAGGGAAUAUCUUUUAAAUAGCCAACAAGUGUUUGUGAGUAGUCAUGAAAAAUCGAGAACGAGAAAUAAAAGCUUAAUGCCCCAUUAAAUGUUUGUGAUAGUCGAGAGUAGGCGACUAUAAAAUACCCUGUACUCCAUAGAUACUGAUCCCGAUCGUGAUCGUGAUCGUGAUUCUUCUCUCCCGACUUCCGGUGUGCAAAAGCUUUAAUCUUCAUAUCCAUUCAACGUUCAAUGCUGUGGAUACAGGGUAUUUCCAGCUGUCUAGCAUCCAAAACAGAUCUAAUUUUUAAUCUAAAUAUAUAUGGAAAGUGGAUGGAGCGGAGAUUGUGCCACACUAAAGACAAGUCCCAGGCUUGCAAAGCCCCCUAUACCGAUCGCAUUGGAUCAGGUAAACAUAUGUCUUAUAUAUACAUAUGCGGGGGAAUUGGUGUGCUUUAGCGAAAACUAAACCAAAACAAAACAAAACAAAAAAUGGCGAAACAAUUUUUUUUAGAUUUUUUUACCAUUAACAUUAAAUGGAAGGAGGAAGUCGCAAGUUCCAUAUUUGAAAUGGGACAUACUUGUCAAAUGCCUAGGUGUUAAAUGUUGCGUCAAUAAGCGAAAUUGAAAUUGAAAUUGAAAUUUUAUUGUAAAAGGGCCGAUGAGAGGCCCUCGACUUCCGGAAUCCAACUAAACCUAAGAAAUCCAGAUAAAACAAUAUAGUCAAGCUUUAAAUGUUGUACACGAUGGGGGGUUGCAGCCACUUGAAACCCAAGUUACCUAAACCAAAAGAAGAGAAUGCCCAAAUACAGACCCGAGAAUAAAUAAAUGUUAAACUUAACUAAACGAUAAAUGCAUAUUUAUAAAUGUUUAAAACAAGAAUUCUAUAAUAAACUAAAGGAAAACUAUAUAUGUAAUUGUGCUAAGGCAGAAUUUAAUGUAUUCCAAGCUAUCAAAGCGACAAAAAGCCAUUAACUACGUGGAACCAAACAAUGUAAACGCAAAGCUAACAGCAAAUACAAAAUGCAACAUACAACUCAUUUCCCUAAAGUACAAAGGAAACGAUGGAAAACCUAUUAUUCAAUUGAACACAUAUAACACAAAAAAGACCAAAACUGGACAGUAUUUAACGAAGUGAUUUGGUUUCAAGACAACAUCUCAGCAUAAAGUAUUCAAGCCGAAAUCGAACCGAAUCCAAAUAGAUAUAGCAAAGAAAAAACGAACUAAACUAUGUAUUUCCAACAAACAGACACAAGUAUACCAACAAAGCGAUCCAAAGCAACUAAAAACCAAAAAAGCGAAACAAUAAAGACAUUUUUGUGUGUAUGCAAAAUUAAAUAGAAAUAUGUGGUUUUAAA